AUGUUCAAUGGAGAUCCUAGAAGUGAGGCGGCUCCUGUUGCAUAUUUGAACAAUGAUGCUGUCGAUGUAUUCGAGGAGAACCUUUCCGUUGAGGAAUUCGUUGAGCAUAGGGUUGAUGUGUCAGUUAAGGUGCAUGCGUUGCUGGAUUCCGCGGACUUGGGCUUGAUGUAUCGUUGUCUGAAAGUGAAUCCAUGGGCCGGCAAUGAUGGAACUCCAACGCCAACUAUGAUCUGA